GGUUUACGACAGAGUGUGGGAACGGUGGGUAAGAUGGCGGCGCUGAAGGAGGAGCAGUGCUACGGACUGUCCUGUGGAAGAGUGAGCAACGGCAGCAAUGUCACCGUCUUUCACGUUAAACUCACUGACAGCGCGCUGAGGGCGCUUGAAGGCUUUCGGAGCAGCAAGAUCCUGUCACAACAGCCAUUCAUCAGAUUUAAUGGAAACCAAGGGAAGAUUUCAAUUCCACGGUCAGAAACUUCCAGCGAGCUGCAAACGUUUACUUUCGACCUGUCGAAUGUGGGCAGAGAUAACCCCCAGGGCAGCUUCGACUGCAUCCAACAGUACAUCACCAGUGAAGGGGGUAUUCAGCUGGAUUGUCUGGGCAGCAUCCAGGACAAGAUCACAGUGCGAGCCACCGACGACUCCUACCAGAAGGCCAGAGAAAGCAUGGCCCAGGCUGAGGAGACGACUCGCAGUAGGAGCGCUAUCGUCAUCAAGCCAGGGGGGAGAUAUGUAGGUAAGAAAGUCCAGAUCCGGAAACCGGCGCCUGCGCUUUCAGACGUGGCCCCGUCACGGAGGACGUCUCGGCCCGUCCUCAUCUCCAGCAGCACGCAGAAGAAAGCCACGACUCAGCACCGGCCUCUCCGUGAGCGCCUCGUACACCUGCUGGCCCUGAAACCUUACAAAAAACCCGAACUGAUUUUGAGGUUGCAGAAGGACGGCCUGUCACAGCUAGACAAAGAAUCCCUGGACAGCCACCUGCAACAGGUUGCCAAUCUGAAUGGGAAAGAAAAUACCUUCACAUUGAAGGAUUUUAUGUAUAAGGAAGUCCAGAAGGACUGGCCAGGAUACACGGAGGGAGACCAGCAACUUCUCAAGAGAAUUUUGUUCAGAAAACAGCCCCAAACCAGCUCUGCACCUAUACCAGAGAGUCCUCCUAAAGAGCUGGGAUCUAGUUCUCCAUCUCAGAAACGGCCGACUGUUGACUUCAUCGACCCUCUUGCCAACAAAAAGCCCAGAAUAUCACACCUUGCCAGCAAGGCUGCAACAGUCCAAAUGAACGGCAAGCUCGGCUCUUCGUGCGGACGAGGAGACCCUGGUGGCGCGCUGUCUGGAGCGGCAGUGUCGACGUCCGAAAGCGGCAUGACGUCCGGCUCGCAGCCGCUCCCGGUACUGGACAUCCCCCGUCCUUUCGAGGCUUUAUCUGAUGUCAGCAAUGACUCCAGCAACAACGGGCGGGACGGCGACUCUCAGGAAACAACGCUGUCCGAGAGGCUCAGUCAGCCGCCAUCGCUCUUGUCCGUGUCGACGGUGGCCUCCGCGCCCAGCAUAGGCACAUCGUCCUCUGGGCACACUGUGCUGGAGGGCCCGCGGGACAAUGGCCCUUCAGCAGUUAACAACAAAUCCAGAAAGAAGUCAAAAAAGCAUAAAGACAAGGAGAAAAGCAAGGACAAGGGGAAAGGGAGGGCGAAGGAUAAAAAGAUCUGUCAGGAGCCUGCGUCUGAACCCAAAACAGCAUGUGAGAUGAGCCUGAAAAUCUUCAAGAACAGUGUUGCAUUUAAAAGCACAGAUCUGAAUGGGAUGUGCAAAACUACCAGUAUUCUGUCAUCAUCACCUGAAGUGGCAGAUUAUUUAUUAAAGUACACAGUGAUCACCUCCCCGGAGCAGCGCCAAAGGUAUAAAAACGAUUUCAACGCAGAGUACAGCGAGUACCGGGAUCUGCAUGCUCGAAUAGAGGGCAUCACCCGGCAGUUCACUGUGCUCGACAACGAGCUGAAACAGCUUCAACAAGGCACAGACAAGUACAAGUCAAUCCACAAUCAGAUACUUCAAGAGUAUCAUAAGAUCAAAAAGACUAAUCCAAAUUAUAGCCAAGAGAAGAACCGCUGUGAAUAUCUACACAACAAACUGGCUCAUAUAAAGAAACUUAUUGCGGAGUACGAUCAUCAGCAACUUUAAACGUAGUCACUAGAGACCGUUUCCCUGUUAUCCCUGGAAACCGGGCAGAUAAAGGGAAAACUCUGGAUUCCUCUUUCACUAAAAAGAAACGUCACGAAAGGACAAAUCCCAUGUGUUGGGGUGAAGCAGGACACAUGAUCUCUUUGUCCUUAAUCUUUCCCAGUUGUUUUGUUUUUUUCCUUAAGGACGUGGGCCAGGUCUAAGCAUAGAUAAAAGUGGAUCCAUAAAUAUUGCUCUUCAGCAGCUUUCCCUGCCUUUAAUGCGCAACAGAGUCUUGAGAGUUCAUUGUGAAAUAUUCCUACUUUCAUGGGAGAUUUUAAAAUGAUCUUUCCUGCUUUAGAAACUGGAUGAAUUUGAACUCUGAGAUGAAAACUGCAGAUUGUACACCAAAAUUUGUUUUUGAAUAUUUAAAAAAGAAAUGGUGACUAGCUCAUGAGCUUUCUCCACAUAAUUGUAUGCUCGCAAAGCUGAAUCUUUUUAGUUUCCUAUUUAUUUUUUGUCAUUUAACUUUGUUGGUGGGGGUGAAAUUAUUUUACACUCCUUUAAAAAGAAACAAAAACAAACCAGUGCUUAAAAAAAUGCUGUCUCUUAUUUUGUCCUCAGAUCAUGAUUGUCUGCCAGUAUUUUAUUAUUCAGAAGCUGCCUUUCCCUUCUAAUUGUCAGUGUUGGCAAUAGUAUUCUUUCUCUUUGUAGAGAUGCAGAAAUUAGUAUUUGAAUCAAAAAAAAAAAGAAAAAGAAAUGCACAGAGUCAGACACUGGUUUUUGUGUUUGGCUUUUCUAAAAAUCAUGGAGAUGUCUUAACGGAGGGGGGAAGAAGUUCUCAGUGACCCUUGGAAUGUAGAUUUAUUUUCUUGGAAGCGGUCUCUUCCCCGUCGUGUCGUUCUGCGGUGCUCCUUACAGCAGUGUUUCCUACGAGUCCCACCUGUUGGCUCCUAAUUGGUACUCUUUCAGGCUUUUGUAGCAACAUACAAUUUAAAGUUGUUGGAAAAAAAGUUAUUUUUCAGAUCGGAGCUCAUAUCUUUUAAACAUAUAUGAUAAUCGUUUGUGUUAAACGUUUACUGUAUCUAAAAAGCGAGAUAUCCUUUUAGUUUUUCUUGUCUGCUGUUUGACCCCCUUUCUAGUCCCAUUAAGAUGACUGUUAAGACGAAGCCAUCGUUGUCCAUCGUCCCAAUCCUUCACGUCGAAGGACCCGAGUGUUUUUUUGUUUUUUUUUUGCUUUUUCAGAACUUGAUGUCAACAAAGAUUGGUUCCUGAAAUGUCUCGCCCGAACCCACUAACGUCCUCGGAGAAGCCUUUCGAGAAGCGGGGGGCGAGUCGACUUCAGCCGCUGAAUUCAUUUCUUGUGUUGAUCUUUUUAUGUGAAUAUUACAAAUCGGCACUUUCUCUCUCCUGAUCUUGCUGUUACUGGAGUGGGAGGGGGUUGUCCUAAAGACACUUUUUUUUGUCUCUCAGAAUGCAUGCUAAAUGAAUGUUACAAUGAGCAGUCUUUUAUCUUUACUUGGUUUAAAAAAAGAAAAGAAAAAACUGCCCAAGAACAUCAAAAUCCAAGCAAAGGCAUCGUCCGGCUGAAUAGGUUUGUAAUCAGUUGGCCAUGGCUCAGACCAGCAUGUAUACCGACAUGCUCAUCAAGUGAAAUGGCACAAAGCGCUUUCACCAAAUGUUGGCAAAGAAGGAUCUUUCAGUAUUUUUUUACUUCCUGUUUCAUUUCUGUAUAACUUAUAACUCUGCACAACAUGUCAAGAGAAAGUCAGAAAAUGCUCACUUUGAUUUUUUUUUUUUUUUUUGUUAACACUACAUCAACUUUUAUCAAAACGGUGUUGGAUUGUGUGCCGCUGGAUCCGGGUUUUGGAUCAGAGACGUGAGCAGUCGACAUUUCACUUUAACCCAGAACCACAGCUGUUUAGCAAGGAAUGCCUUUGUCCUCAUUGUUGCUGUUUGGUUUGUAGCGCAUCUCUGUUACGGCUCCAAAUCCAUUGUAAAUGAGUUGAUGGAUGCAAGAUGUUUUGAGCCAGUGGAGAGCAAACUUGUCAGUGAAGACAUGCCAGCACAGUGCCACUGUUAUGAGCUGAUUGUGCCAAAAUGACCUGUUGUAUAGUACUGUUUUUGAUUAUACACAUGCUGCUGUGAAAGCAAGGAGGGCUUUGAAGAUUAGUCAUGAAAUGUCACAGCUAAAAUCCAAAGUAUGCUUCUUCUACUUUUUUUUUUUUUUUCCUUUUGAGAACCAUAAGGGACUGGGACUUAAAGUGAUUUUUGUUUCAAUAAAACUCUUUAACACCCUCAUGUGGGAAAAUCAGAA